GCCCCGCCGCGCUCACACGGAGCUGUCCGCGCCGCGGUGCCGCAGCGCCCGCCGCCCCCUGAGACCCCCGGGAGGAGCGCCGGGCAUCCCGGAGCGGAGAGCGGCCGGCGCCGAGCCCAGGCUGCCCGGGUACCCUCUUCCCCGAGCAUCCCAUCUCCCCGCUGCCUCCAAUACCCGCGUCUCCUCGGUUCCCCGAGCGUCCCAUCUCCCCGCUGCCCCCGGUACCCACAGCUCCGAUUCUCCGAGCAUCCCACCUCCCCGAUCCCCUCGAUACCCGCAUCUCUCCAGUUCCCCGAGCAUCCCAUUUCCCCGCUCACCCCGCUACUCGUAGCUCCUUGUUCCCCGAGCAUCCCACCUCCCCGUUACUCGCAGCCCCCAGUUCCCUGAGCAUCCCAUCUCUCUGCGACUCUCAAUACUCGCAUCUCUCAGUUCCCCGAGCAUCCUAUCUCCUUACUACCUCUGAUAUCUGCACCUCCUGGUUCCCUGAGCAUCCCCCCUCCCCGUUACCCACAGCUCCCAGCUCCCUGAGCAUCCUAUCUCUCCACUACCCUCAAUACCCGCAGUGCUCUGAGCAUCCUCUCCCCACUAUCUCCAGUUCCUCGAGCAUCCUACCCCCCCAGCACCCGCAUUUCCUCCAUUCUCUGAGCAUCCCAUCUCCCCGCUCCCCGUGGUACCCACAUUUCCCAGCACCCCACACCCCGCAGCCAUGGCGUUCAUGGUGAAGAGCAUGGUUGGGGGGCAGCUGAAGAACCUGACGGGCGGUCUGGGCGGCGAGGAGAAGAGCGAGGGCGAGAAGUCCCCGGCAGAGGCUCAGGGCAUGACCCGCGAGGAGUAUGAGGAGUACCAGCGGCAGCUGGUGGAGGAGAAGAUGGAGCGAGACGCCCAGUUUGCCCAGCGCAAGGCAGAGAGGGCCACGGUCAGGUCCCACUUCCGAGACAAGUAUCGGCUCCCCAAGAACGAAACCGACGACAACCAGAUCCAGCUGGUGGGAGGCGACGUGGAGCUGCCCAAGGAGCUGGCCAAGAUGAUCGAGCAGGACAACGAGGAGGAAGAAGAGAAGAACUCCGUCAUCGGUCAGCUCAGCAACAUCCAGAACCUGGACCUUGACUCCUUGAAGGACAAAGCCUCGGCCACGCUAGAGGACCUGAAGCAGUCAGCUGAGAAAUGCGCCGUGAUGUGACCCGACCGACGUGACACCCUCAGCCUCGCAGCGGUGGGGACCCACCGAUGUCCGUGUGAGCCGGGUCCUCCUUCCGAGCCGUGUUAAGCCCUGACCCAGAUGUCCCCGCUCCGUCCGUGCCGGUAUCCCCGUGCGUGGUUUUGUCGUUGGGUUGCGGUCCGGUCUGAGGUUAGAGCAAAGGGAUGGCCUGGCGUCCCUAUCUCCCGGGGUGGGAUCGGCUCCGUGCGGGAGAAGGGGCAGAAGGUGACCCCAUAAGGGAAAACACUUCCUUCUCUGUCGUGAUGUGGUCGUGUGCUGUGCUCAGUCGAGUGUUACACCUCCUAUGCUGUCCCCGUGCCACGGCACCGUUAUCGCCGCUGGAAUAAAUACCAGGAGAUGUCUAUGCA